UAAGAAAACACAAAACCAAACGCCUCUCUUGGAGGAGAAAGAAAAAGGUUGCGAGGAGAGAGAGAGAGAAGCGAGGAUGGGUGAGGUAGCAGAAACAAUGACGAAGAAGAAGAAGAAAGGGAGGCCAUCUCUUCUAGACCUUCAGAAGCGAGCUAUCAAACAGCAACAACAACUACAACAACACCACAGAAACAAUCACGAUGACCAUAGAUCCGGCUCCAAAAACCCUAAUUCUCCCAACUCCGGCACCCGAUCCAAGCGCCGGAACACUAAUCCCAACGGAGUCUCCUUCUCCGAUUCCCCCUUGAGCGAGGAAGACGACGACGAGCGGCGCGAGAAGAAACACAAGCUCCUGUACGGAUUAAACUCCCACUCCAAUCGUCAUUCUCCUAAUCCCCAAUCGCGCGGCUCCGAUCUGAACCUCGUCGAGUCUCCCGUCAAUAGACGGAAGAUCGGCGGUGACGGCGGCGGCGGAUCUGGAUUCACGGGAGAAAACGCUUCGAAAGCGACAGACAUUCUUCAAGGGUCACCCGUGGAGUCUGGCGGUCCCACCACACCUCUGCCAGACAAACAGUUGUUGGUGUUCAUCCUCGAUAGACUUCAAAAGAAAGAUACUUAUGGCGUUUACUCAGAUCCAGUUGAUCCUGAGGAGCUUCCUGAUUAUCAUGAGAUUAUCACGAAUCCAAUGGAUUUUAGCACAGUUCGGAAGAAAUUGGACUCUGGAGCUUAUGCCACUUUAGAACAAUUCGAGGGGGAUGUGUUUUUAAUAUGUAGCAAUGCAAUGGAAUACAAUUCAUCAGACACUGUAUAUUAUCGACAGGCGCGGGGUAUACAAGAAUUAGCCAAAAAGGACUUUGAGAAUUUAAGGCGAGACAGUGAUGAUGAAGAACCACAAAGCCAACAAGACCAGCAACAGCAACAGCAACAGCAGCCAAAAGUUGCUAGAAGAGGCCGUCCGCCAAAGAAACAGCCCGAACCAUCUUCCAUUGACCGUACUGCUUCCGAAAUUUCAGCUGAUGCGCUCAUUCCUGGAGGAGACGGCUCUAAUAGGUUUUCUGGUGCUUACAAUCUAAGAAAGACUCCUCCUUCACACAAAUUCCGACAAGCCGAAACAUCUGUUCGGAUCAACCAUAACAGCGAAACGCAAAGUGGAUGGUCCGUAGAUUGGGAGAACGAGUUUCCACCUUCGGUUGUGAAGGCGGUUAACAAGUAUGGGAUGAAACAUUUCAAUGUCGAUGAAAACAAACGCGACACAUACAACCACCUCCCAGCUUCUACACAGGAGCCAUCGGUUUUAACAACGCUUGAAGACGAGUUAAAACAGUUGAUUCCAGUUGGACUGACCACUGAGUACGGUUACGCAAGGAGUCUAGUACGAUACGCUGCGAACCUCGGUCCCGUUGCAUGGAAAAUCGCAUCCAAGAGAAUCGAAACCGUGUUGCCGCCUGGAAUCAAAUACGGUCCAGGUUGGGUUGAAGAGAACCCAGCGGGAACCGAAGAGGAUAAUGAACCUCAAAAACAAACCGUGCUGGGAAAGCAAAAGUGUUCUAAUGACUUAGCGUCUAAUGAUUAUUCGAACAGAAUCCUAUCUCCAACCGCUUCGGUUUCAAGCGCUUUCAUAGGAAACAGACAUUCUUCUUCCCAGGGAAUUGAAGAGACUGCUGCACCUUCUCGUGCCUUCCCUUCAGCUUCCUCCUCUCGCCAGGCAGGACCGAUGAUCAAACCUGAAAGCAGCAUCAACGGUCUAACCCGCGGUUUCAGUGGAUUCGGCCAUAGUCCAAGUCCAGUGAUCGGAGCCACGAGACAGAAACAGCCAAACUUAGCCAACGAGACCAUGCCGGGCCCGCAACAACAAGGGAUGUUGUUUCCUUAUAACAAACAGGAGCUCGACCGGUUUCCACCGGACCUUAACGCUAGGCUUGUAUCACCGAACUCUCCCGGCGCGAAUCAGCAGACUGGUUCGUCCUCGUCGCAGCAUCCGGAUCUGGCGUUACAGCUCUGAAAGAUGAUUGAAUCUUUGAAAGAGGAAGGAUGAGUAACAAGAAGAGGCAUUUUCCAUUGGCUAUUCUCAGGCGUAUAUUUUUCUGGUAUGCAAAAUCAGUUGUGGAAGGUCAUGGCCUAUUUGUUGUGACAUGAAAAUGUAUGAGACUAGUCUCUCUGUUGUACAGAUUGUUGCAACAUCCAUAUUUUUUUAGGGGUACAAAGAAAAGAAAAAAAAGGCAGUGAGAAAAAAAAAACACAGGAGUCCUGCAAGUUGUAGAAUAUAGUUUAUAGUUUUAAUUUAUUAUUUUUCAAAUGUUGUAAGUUUUUAAACCUUGCGUUAAAUAAGAAACAAAAAGUCUUCAAGUGGA